AUGGCUCGUACCGUGCUGAUCACUGGCUGCUCUGACGGUGGCCUUGGAGCUGCCCUCGCCAUCGCCUUUUACAAGAAUGGCGAUCGCGUCAUUGCAACCGCAAGAAACCCCGCCAAAAUGGCCUCUCUCAAGGCCAUGGGUAUCGAGACUCUGCAGCUUGACGUCCUCUCGGAGGACUCCAUCAAAACAGCAGUCCAAGCUACUUCCCAAUUGACGAACAAUUCCCUCGACAUCCUGGUCAACAAUGCCGGACAAGGCUACAGCACUCCACUUCUGGAUGCCUCGAUAUCUGAAGUUUCCAAGCUGUUUGAAAUAAAUACUCUCUCCGCUCUCCGCAUGAGCCAACUGUUCUUUCCUCUUCUCCGCAACGCCAAGGACGGCGCCUUGCUUGUGAACAACACUUCUUGCGCAGGCAUCAUGCCUGUGCCUCUUCAAGGCCCCUACAGUGCCACCAAGGCUGCCCUGGCUUCUUUAUCUGAAGUGCUACGGCAGGAGCUACAACCCUUCAACAUUAAAGUCAUCGACCUGAAGACCGGGGCUGUACGGUCGAACUUUUUCGCCAAUGCUUCAUCGUCAGGAGGCUCUUCGGAGGGUAGUUUGACACUACCCGAAGACUCGCUCUAUCUGCCUGGCAAAGAACCGGUCGAGAAGUUUAUGCGGACGGACAUCAAUAUUACUGAAAUGCCAGCAGAUGAGUGGGCCACGAAAGUUGUUCGAGACUUAUCGAAACGGCAUCCUCCCAUCCACGUAUGGCGAGGAGGAAAUGCGUUACAAGUAUGGCUGUGUUCUUUUUUGCCCGUGGGGACGCUUGAUGCAGUACUGAAGAAGAUGACGGGAUUAGAUGUCGUUGAACGUUACUACCGAGGCUCCAAGGCGCAGAAGACGAAAUAG